AUGGCAGCAAAGAAGAAAUGCGGGUUCAGCUUGGAUGGGUUUUCGGGCCCAGCCCAGCCGAACAAAACGACCCCCAAAUCAUUCAGUCUGGGUUUCCAGAGGGGGUCGGAGGGCCUCCUGACGAUCGGGCGAUCCCUCAGGUCCGGGGUGACGAGGGCCGUGUUCCCGGAGGAGCUCAUAGUCUCGGAGCGCAAGAUAUUCGACCCUCAGGACAAGCAGCUUCUGCUGUGGAACAAGAUGCUGCUCUUCUCCUGCAUCGUGGCCGUGUCCGUGGACCCUCUCUUCCUCUACCUGCCCGUUUUCCAGGACGAGAAGAUUUCCGAGCUGAAGAAGACUGCAGGUGUGUUUGCCGAAACUGCAUGGGCAGGGGCAGCUUAUUACUUGUUAUGGUUCUUGCUCGCCAGUCAUAUUGUUGGGGCCUUGUGGUACCUACUGGCAAUAGAACGUAAGGACACGUGCUGGGAUAUAGCGUGCCGGGAAACUCCCGACUGUAACACGAUAAAUCUAUAUUGCGCCCACGAGGUCUCGAACCUUGACAUGUGGAGAAACAUCAGCAACACCUUUAUUGAGCCAAAAUGUUCGAUAGACGACGACGACAAAUCACAAUUUAAUUACGGAAUAUACGCUCAGGCUCUAUCAUCCGGCAUUCUUGACUCCGAGCAUUUCGUGUCGAAGUACUUCUAUUGCCUGUGGUGGGGCCUCCAGAACUUAAGUACACUUGGUCAGGGGCUAAUAACCAGUACAUAUCCUGGAGAGGUUCUAUUUUCUAUAGCAGUAGCCAUUUUGGGACUCCUUCUCUUUGCUCUUCUCAUCGGUAAUAUGCAGACUUAUCUUCAGUCUCUGACGGUUCGGUUGGAGGAGAUGAGAGUUAAAAAACGUGACUCGGAGCAAUGGAUGCAUCACAGGGUACUACCGGCAGAGCUCAGGGAAAGAGUAAGGCGUUACGACCAAUACAAAUGGCUGGAGACGAGAGGAGUGGACGAGGAGAGCUUAGUCCAAAACCUGCCCAAAGACCUUAGGAGAGAUAUCAAGCGCCAUCUGUGUUUAAAUUUGGUCAGAAGGGUGCCACUUUUUGGCAACAUGGACGACAGGCUGCUCGACGCGAUCUGCGAGCGGCUGAAGCCUAGUCUGUACACAGAAAACACAUACAUCCUUCGAGAGGGUGACCCUGUUGACGAGAUGCAAUUCAUCAUCCGCGGGCGGCUGGAGAGCGUGACCACAGACGGCGGCCGGUCGGGCUUCUUCAACCGCGGGAUUCUCAAGGAGGGGGACUUCUGUGGGGAGGAGCUCCUCACGUGGGCCCUCGACCCCAAGGCUGCCUCCAAUCUCCCUCCCUCCACGCGCACGGUCAAGGCCCUCACCGAGGUGGAGGCCUUUGCUCUGAUAGCAGACGAGCUCAAGUUCAUCACCAGCCAGUUCAGGCGAAUCCACAGCCGACAAGUGCAGCAGACCUUCCGCUUCUACUCCCAGCAGUGGCGCACGUGGGCAGCCACCUUCAUCCAGGCAGCCUGGCGCCGCUACUCCAGGCGCAAGCUGGCGGAGGAGCUCCACAACAGUGAAAGUUGGGAGGAUAGGGAGGGGGACGUGCGCACAGCUUUGAUCCCGUCUUCGUCCUCAUCGUCGAUGGGGGCCACCGUGCUGGCGUCGAGGUUCGCUACAAACGCGAUGCGUGGGGUCCACAAGUCUCGGGGUGAGUCGGAGGGGAUGGUCAUGAUGCCAAAACCGCCCGAGCCCGAUUUUGGCUAG